AUGAACUGCUGCAAACGAUUCGGCGUUUCACGCUUUGUCUACACGUCAAGUGUUGGCGUUAUCUUUGUUGGUAAGGAACUCGUCAACGCCAAAGAGGAUCAUCCUUAUCCUAAGGAAUCAGAGUACUUCUCCUGGUACAGUGCAUCGAAAGCACGAGCUGAAAAAUUGGUUUUGGCUUCGAAUUGCACGGAAUUGCGGACUUGUGCGCUGCGACUGCGCGGCAUCUUUGGACCAGGAGAGCCGCGAUCUACCGACAGAGCCGCGAGUAUUAUCCACAAAGGUUUCUUUAUCGCUACCUUUGCGGAGAAAGGCACAGCUCUAACACAGUACAGUGGAAUUUACAAUGUCAUACAAGCAAUGUGUAAGGCUGAUAUGGAACUAGCAAGGGCACGUCCAAGAUGUGCAGGAAAGGUUUAUCACAUAGUUGAUGCUAAUCCUGUGGACUCGUUUAUGUUCUGGGCACCACUUAUUAGAGCUCUUUCGCAGUCUCCACCUUAUAUACGCCUUCCUUUUGCACUGAUUUACUUCUUUGCUUACCUCGCCGAAUGCUUUGCCAUAUGGUUUGGAAUUCCACCAAUGCUGAACAGGUGAUU